AUGGAGAUAAACACAGCAGGUCCAUCCGGUCAGACUGAUCUACACGUCUUUCACCCCCCUGUCUUCCCUGAACCAGCCGAUUUGCUUCUGGGUUCAUUUAACUCGGAGCAAGCAGCUCUCGAAGAUCAAGCAGAUCUUCAGCCAGGUCUAUCUGGACCAGCUCCAGAAGAACCAGCUGAUUCCCAGUCUGACUUCCAAGAAGCAGAUGAUUUCACAUUUGAUGUCUCAUUUGAUCCAACAUUGGACAUUUCAUUUGAUUUCUCUUUCAACUGGGAGAAAAUGACUCACCAAGAUUCAGCCAAUCCUCAACCAGGUCCACAUGGACUUCAGCUAAUAGCUUCAGAAGAAGCAUCUGAUUCCCAGUCUGGACCACGUGUCAUGGAUCAUUGUGCGUUUCGACUGCUUCUUGAAGAUCUGUUUGCUUCAUGUAACCUGAAUCAAACAGCUCCUGAAGAACAAGCUGACCACAGACCAGAUCCAUUUUACCUGGAGAAAAUAGCUUUGGAAAAUCCAUCAGAUUACCAAACAGAUCCAUCUGGACUCCAAGCAGCAAUUUCUGAGAAACCCGCACAUCCACGUCCAUCCGACCUGGAGCCAAGUGCUCCUCAACAUCCACCUGCUCCCCAAUUAGGUCCAUCAGAACUCAAGAAACUUGCUCUCCAAAGUCAAUCCAGACCUAGACCGUGUCCGUCCACAGUCAACCUAAAUCCUUCUGAUGGUCUAUCAAGACUCAAGCAAACUGCUCUUCAAAGUCAAGCCAAUCCCAAACCACGUCCAACCAGAUCAAUCAAUCAAAAUCCAUCAAAGGUACACAAAUGUUCAUCAAAACUUGUGCCACCGGCCCCACAAAAUCCAGCUGAUACAAGGCCAACGAGACUAAUGCUUUAUGAAGUGGGAAAGCAGCUGGGAAGAGGCGGCUUUGCAAGUGUGCAUGAGGGGAUUCGCAGAUCAGAUGGCAAAAAGGUCGCCAUGAAAUUUAUUUUCAAGGACCCCUCUGAGCAUUAUAUUAAAAUUCCGGGGCAUUCCAAGCCUCUGCUUGCAGAAGUGGCUUUAAAUCUGCUACUCCGAACCCCUGAGAAAUGCCCCUACAUUGUCCAGUUGUUCGACUGGUUCCAAGAAAAGCAUGGACACGUCCUCAUAAUGGAGUUUCCACAUCCAUGCAUGACCUUACUUGACUUCAUCGGACGCGGAAGAGGACAUCUGUCUGAAACGCUGGCAAGGGAUUUAAUGCGUCAAGCGGUGAUCGCAUGCAAACACAUCAUUGACCACGGCGUCUAUCAUGGCGACCUGAAGAUAGACAACGUCCUGGUCAACAAAGAGACACUGGAGCUAAAAUUAAUAGACUUCGGAUGUGGCAAGCUCAUCUCAACUUGCGGUCUACAAGGCAGCAAAUACAACGGACGAAAGUUUGCGGUUGCUCAGAUGGUCUAUUCUUUAGGUGUUUUGCUGGUAAAAAUGGUGUGUGGCCAUGACGACUGGAUGAACUAUGACCAAGUUGUAAAAAAUGACCCAUUCAUAUACCGCCUCGGAUUAUCUAGAGAAUUUCACAACGUGAAAAAUCUGUGCCUGUCUUGCCCAGCUGACAGGCCGACAUUAGAUGAGCUCCUCGAUCAUGAAUGGUUCAAGAUGAGCGAAAGUUCAGAAGCUUUGGCUGCUUUGGUGUCACCGCCCACUUCUAUAAUUGACAGCUGCAGCUCUUUCUAA